UCUUUUGAAAACAACUCAGGCAGUGACCACUAGGCGUCCCUUUUUCUCUCUUCAGUAAAAACUUUCUAAGUUUUCUCUGGUGUUUCACCAGAUGCAUCUUAAAGACACUCAAACCUAAAAAAAAAAAAAAAAGAAAGGGAGAGAGAGAGAGAGAGAAAGAGAAAGAGAGAGAGAGAGAAAAGCCCCUCAGUUGUUUUUGAGCCGUUAGAUCGAUCAACCCUCCUGUCACGUCUGAAGAUCACACACUUCACGGAAACGCUGCUUUCUAAUGAGGUAAGAUUUGAUUUAAACCUAAAUUUACAUUUAAGUGCAUUAAUAUCUAAAAUAUAAAACAGUAAAAUCAUAAACAUUGAAACCUGUUUGCUACUUUAUGUCCAACAUGAGUCACAAAUAGUCUGUUAACGUAAGAGGUUAUAAAAAAAGGACCAUGUUAUAAUUUAAAUGUUUUUCUGUGUUUUGCUGCAGCUGAUGAUGCUAGCAGCGCUAACGCUGGCCUCUCUGGGCCUCUUGGUGUGGGCGUCGGACCUCUGCCCGCCCGCCUGCCGCUGCUUUGACAACCUCACCACGGUUGACUGCCGGGACAAAGGCCUGGCCCAGAUACCGCUGCUGCCAGCCGGAACGCUGAAGCUCUUCAUCUUGAACAACAAGAUCAAGGAAAUACCCGAGAACGGGCUGAAUGAGCUGCAGGUCCUGGACCUGACCCAUAACCAGCUAAAUGCCUCCCUGAACCCGGUUUGGCCCAGUAUGACCAACCUGACCAAGCUGCUGCUGCGCGACAACCACCUGGCGUCUCUGCUUCCGGGCCAGUUCCUGAACUGCCCCGCCCUCGUCUUCUUGGACCUGAGUAAGAACCACAUCCAUCAUCUGACGCCGAGGUUCCUUAACGGGUUGGCCAAUCUGAAGACGCUGAUCCUGAGCCACAACCGGAUCGAGACGCUGCAGGCGGAGGUUCUGGAAGACGUCGUCGGCCUCACAGAGCUCCACCUGAACUUCAACAGGUUGAGGGAAAUAGAGAGCGGCGUCUUCAGGAGAUCCGCCAUGUUGAGAAAGUUGGAUUUGUCCAACAACCGGAUAGUAAAAGUGGAGGAUGGGAGUUUCAGAGGAGCAGCUGGUUUGAAACAUCUGGAUCUGAGUGGAAACCAGCUGGUCACCAUUCCAGCCGAUUCCUUCUCCUCCCUGACUGAACUGCAUCACCUCAAUUUGAUGAGCAACAACCUGACGGAUCUGUCGGACAGAUCGCUAUCAGGCCUGACCAACCUGACUGAACUGGACCUGAGUUGCAACCGGCUCUCCUCUCUCCCAAGCAAAGUCUUCAAAGACCUGGCCAAGCUCAAGUUUCUGGACCUCUACAGGAACCGACUGACAGAACUCCCGCCGGAAGUUUUCAGGAGUUUGAUCAAUCUGUCGGCUCUGCAGCUGGAUGGAAACCAGAUCUCAAUGCUGCCGCCGGAGGUUUUCGCUGCGUCGCACAAACUUCAAGACCUGCAACUGUCUCACAACCACAUCCUGGAGCUCCACCCAGCUCUGUUCGCCAACAUGUCGUCUCUGCAGAACCUUCAGCUGGCCCACAACGCCCUGACGCUGCUUCCAGAGGACCUUUUCCACAAGCUGCAGGCGCUCAAAGAGCUUCACCUGCAGUACAACCACAUCACUGUCCUCCACCAGUCAGUGUUUGACGGUUUACCAAAUGUAACCAGAGUGGAUCUCUCCAACAACCGUAUUUCGUCUCUACAUCCAGACCAGUUCAGGGAUCUUUCCAAGUUAAAACACUUGAAACUGGACAGAAACCAGUUGGCUAAGCUUCCCUCAAAUCUUUUCACUGCUCUUGGGAAACUUGUGACGCUGGAUCUGGGCCACAAUAACCUCUCGGAGUUGUCCUCAGACACUUUCAAAGGGUUGAUCCACCUGAAGAACCUGAUUCUGAGCUUCAACCCGCUCCAUAGCGUGCACUACAACGCCUUCCAGGAUCUGGGCAGCCUCCACACGCUGCUGCUGCAGAACAACAGCCUGGAGAGUUUACCGCCCGAGCUCUUCCACCCGCUGCCGAAGCUCAGGGAGCUGAACCUGGACGGAAACAAGCUGGGUCGUCUCAAUCCUCGCCUGUUUCAGAAGCUUAAAGACCUCCAGCAGCUGAGCCUGAAGUCCAACCGGCUCCGGUCUUUAGAGACGAAGACUCUGAAGCCUCUAAAGAAGCUUACACUCAUCUACCUCUCUGACAAUAUGUGGAACUGUACAAGUGUUGAUAUUUUCUACUUGUGCAACUGGCUUAAAGUAAAUAGAGAAAAACUGAACGAUAAGCCGGUCUGCUACUUCCCAUCCGAAUCAAAGUCGGCCCUCUUCUUACUGGAUCACUGCGCUGCUGCUGCGCGCUGCCCGCCUUCGCUUCCUCUACAACUGCUGAGUGUGCUGACGCCUUCUCUCAUCGCUGUAGCCCACAGCUUCCUCUGAAGUGGUUCACGCUUCCUGUACGUCCGCUUCCUUUAUUCGUCUGCACUCCAAGAUCAAACGGCGCAGGCAAGAAGAUCUGAGCAAAUCCAACUAAAGCCUCACGGUGCUCACAGUUCGUCACAUUCAGAGGGUUUUAUAUGACGGACCAACUCAAAGAGGCGCUCAGUACGAGCUUCUGUAGGCAGAAACAAAGGAGGAGGAAAUCUCAGAAAUUUUCUAGACAUAAAACUUCUGUUUGAAAAGUUGCAAAUUUGCCAGAUAAAAUUAGGAAAUUUUUAGAUUGAACUUGAGAAGUUUAAUCUUUCUGCACGUUUGCUAAAAAAAAAAGAAAAAGAAAAUAAAAACAACAGAAAUUUUCUAGAAAAUUCAAGGGAAAUUGCUUUAGCAAAUCCAACUAAAACUCAAAUGUUCCUCCAUUUGUUGUUUCUUUAAAAUAUUUGUUUUUCUUCAAUCUUAUCAGUUUGUUUUGAUUGUAAUGACUUAUUAGUAACAUAAAAAGAUUCGUUUGUAACUAAUCAUUUCUGUACCAAAUAAACUUGAAUAAAUGAAACUUAUCUUUUUACUCCAAUCAGGAGCCAUUUUGUAUCUGCUGAUUAAAAUCACAAUAACAGACAUUAAAAUUUGAGAAAAAUGUUAUGCUCUUUUCAUCAGAAAAGCCAUUAAAUGUUUGUUGAAGGUGCUGAGCUCAGAUUAACACAGUUUCCUCUACAAGCAGCUGCAGAAGGAAAAAGAUACCAAAACUCGUAAAAUUAUUAUUGUGCAAAGCUGUAAAUGUCAGAAACAACUUACCAUUCCAGGAAAACUGUUAAUCUGCCGUCAUCUGUGGCUAUGCUAACUAGCCUUAGCAUUCACGACGGCCUCUGUUGUGAAGAAAGAGCUGUAGCUUAGCACAUAGCAAGAGCAAUGGUGUGAUCAGCGUGUACAUGUAUUUAGAAAUUGAUUUUUUCUGUAAAUCUGCAUUUUGAUGGGUCAACACUGGACAAAAUGUUGUCACAUUCUUUAUUGUUUAAGACAAAAAAAAUAUUUCUACAGCUCUUUCGAGACCCAACAUACUCAGAAAUAAGCCAAAUGGACAUCCAACCUGCGGUCCUGAAUUCUGGAGAAAAGUUCAGACAUGAAUCCAUUUGAACAGCAAUUGAGUCAAU